AUGAUCAUGGCUGUCCCGGAAAAUGCUGAUCUGAAGGUGGACUCUUCUGAUCAAAAUCUAGACAACAACACUGCUUCAUUAGCAGCUACGAUGAUGCCGCCAUCUCCUGAUGAUCAGAACCCUGAAUCCAACUUUUCUGUUGAGACACCAAACUCAACAAAGGGAAGUGAAGGGGCUCUCAAGAGUGAGAUAAGUCAUAUAGAUGUUAAGUUUUCUAAACUAAAUCCGAUGGCUAAGGAGUAUGUUCCACAGCCCCUUGCUCCAACAAUCCCUGUGUUUGUGGAGAAUAGCUUAUGGUUUACCAACAGUUUCGCAAUGCAAGCUUUCUCUGCUGAGGACAAUGACCUUUUCGAUACAAGGAGAAUGAACUUUGGCCAAUGGAAGCGAAGGAUGAGCAAGAAAACAAGCCUGGCUCAGAAGGAAGAAGUAAUCAGGAGAACUGUCCAUGUCUUAGACAUUGAUCAACAGGCUACUGAAGAGCAACUUGCUGGUCUCUUUCAAUCAUGUGGCCAGGUUGUUGAUUGUCGUAUAUGCGGUGACAAUAAAUCUAUUCUCCGUAUUGCCUUCAUUGAAUUCACUGAUGAAGAGGGAGCUAGGUCUGCUGUAAGCCUAUCAGGAACUCUGUUUGGUUCUUAUCCUAUAAAGGUUCGUCUUUCAAAAACAGCUAUUGCACCUGUGGACCCGAGUCUUCUUCCAAAGUCUCAGGAUGAGCGUGAGAAAUGUGCAAAGACUGUUUACUGUACUAAUAUCGACAAGAAGGUCACUCAGAUGGAACUGGAAGAUUUCUUUAAAACAGCAUGUGGGGAGAUUCAGCAUGUGAGGCUUAUUGGAUACUGUCAUCACCAAACCUUUAUUGCUUUUGUUGAAUUUAAGCGGGUGGAAAGUGCAGUUUCUGCUCUUAAUUGCAGCGGUAUUGUCUUGGGCGGUCUCCCUUUACGGUACGGUAAGCCAGUCAAAACACCAGUGAGGCUAGACCAACCUGAUUUAAACUAA